AAUUUAAUUAGAUGCUCCUCCAAUCACUAGGACAAUCCAUAAAUCUCCUUUAACCAUUCCAAGAAAAUCUCUAAGCCCCUUUCCCUCUAACUCUUCUUCAUCCCCAGUCUCCUUUUUGGAUUCUUCCCUCCCCAUAAAUUGGCGUCUUUCCUUCCCUCCAGAUUCUCACCCACCACCCCAAAACACACCCACUCUCUCUCUCUUCCUCUCUCUCUCUCUCUCUCCAACAGUUGCUUCGUCGUCGUCCGUGAUCGUCGGUGAUGGCGGAGGCGCCUGCAGCCAACGGAACCCAUGAUGUUGUUCUGAACGUCAAUGACAAAUCCAAUGAAGACUCCGGAAUCUCCUUCUCCGUCCCUUUCUUGCAGAAGUUGGUGGCGGAAUUCGCGGGGACAUACUUUCUGAUAUUUGCCGGCGAAGCAGCGGUGGUGGUGGACAAGGGCUACGGCAACAAAGUAACGCUUCCUGGGAUUUCCAUAGUCUGGGGUCUUGUCGUUAUGGUUCUUGUCUAUUCCGUUGGUCACAUCUCUGGGGCUCAUUUCAAUCCUGCUGUCACUCUUGCUUUUGCUUCUACCAAACGUUUUCCCCUCAAACAGGUGCCAGCUUAUGUAUCAGUUCAGGUUCUGGCAGCGACCCUUGCGAGUGGGACUCUGAGACUUAUAUUUGAAGGAAGCCGCGACCACUUCGCAGGAACAUUGGUUUCUGGGACGUAUCUUCAAGGUUUUGUGGUCGAGUUCAUCAUCACCUUCUACCUCAUGUUUGUCAUAUCUGGUGUGGCCACAGAUAACAGAGCGAUUGGUGAGCUGGCUGGUCUCGCGGUGGGGGCAACCGUGUUGCUUAAUGUCAUGUUUGCUGGGCCGGUGACCGGAGCGUCAAUGAACCCCGCCAGGAGCUUGGGGCCGGCAAUAGUGUGGCACGAAUACAAAGGAAUAUGGGUGUACAUGAUAGCGCCGGUGACUGGAGCAAUUUCAGGGGCAUGGAUUUAUAACAUCAUAAGAUACACAGACAAGCCAAUAAGGGAGAUCACAAAGAGUGCUUCUUUCCUCAAAGCUUCCAACCGUUGUGUUUCCUCCAAGUGAUUCUGGUUAUUCUGAUGACAAUAAAUCUCUAAAUCACUGUCUUUGUUGUUUUAAUUUCUUAGGUUUCAAGGGGAAAUACUGUAGUCUUCUAAUGUUCCUGUAGUUUUAAAAGGAGAGGAAAGGAAGGGAAAGGAGAUGAUGAGUCACAUGUGGACUCGUUAGAGCAUGUAAUGUAUACAAAAUUAUUGGACAAUAAUUAAGAAACUUUUUGGAAAAUCUUA